CUCUGAUCUCUCGUCACAGUCAGUCAUCACGCGCAUCGCACGUGCCCACAGGCCACCAGAGGCAAUCACUUCUUGAUCUCUCUGUGCAGCGUGUGUUUCUUCAUGAACUUGUUGUACUUCAUCAGCUCCAGCCUGUCGGGCGUGUUGCGCUUGUUCUUCUCCAUGGUGUAACGAGAAGGGGGCACCCCCGCCUGCUUGGCCUCUGGAAUACACACAUCAUCACACCCAGCACACCACACCACGCCACGCCAUAUGAGAUCUCAUCUCAUCUCAUCUCUCAGUUCGCACCGUCCUCACACGGCCACCCACCAGUGCAUUCAAUCGUGAUGUACACUCUCGCGCCUUUCUUCUUCAUGGCGAGGUCCAUUCUUCGCUGCUGCUGGUGAUGGUGGUGGUGCUGCUGCUGCAGAUGGGGAUCUGCCCGCCUGACACGUGCCGUGAAGCUGCUGCUGCCGCUGCCGACAGAGAGGGGGGGUUGGAAAGCUGAUGUUGACGCAUCGCUGGCAGAUGCGGCCACAGCCAGUGAUGAUAAAGCACACAGAAUGGACGGCACCUUCAUCUCCUCGCUCC